UCUUUCUGUGGUUGCGGAUUUCGAAAACGUAACCUCCAAAAUUUGAAAAUAAAUAAAUAAUACUGGGAGUUUGAACGUAACUAUUUUAUAAGAAUUUCUGGACACUGUUUUUGCAUUAUGGCCAAUAAUAUUCAAGGAACUUUUGUAUCGCAAAAAAUUAAUAAAAUCCGAUGGAGGCCGGAUCCUUUCAACAAUUCUCACAGCUUCAUAUCAUGUAGCUGGGAUGAUGAAAGAAAUUCAGUUAAACUGUGGGAUUUUCGAGAGAAUGACGAAUCUGAAGUGUAUCCUUUUAUAAUCACUGAGAUGGAACAUGAAGGUGAUAUUACGGAGGCUAUGUUUCUAUCCACCGAUCAUUUUGUCUGUUCUUCAUCACUUGGAUCAGUAGGAUUAUUUAAGAUUUCCUAUAGUAGAAGUAGUGAAAUAACCAUUGAACCCGGAACACAAUGGAAAAAUAUUCAUAAAUUCCCAUUUCACUAUAGUCCUUGUACAUCUAUCACGAAUUACGAUCAAGAUAUAGUUUCUGUUGGUGAAGAUGGAAGAAUCAACUUGCUUACCUUAUCCUCUGAAAGUGUAGUUAGGAGUUAUGAAAAUGCUGAUAGUUGCUCGUUAAAAUGUGUGCUUUUCUUGAAACACAAUGAGAUUCUGACCAGUAAUCUUCGAGGCCAAAUGAAGAUAUGGGAUCUGAGGUCGAAAAGUGAAGAACCAUCUAGCAUGUUUGUAUUGAGUGGCGAUAUGAUCGCUCCAACUUGUUUAACAUACCACCCUACUCAGAGACAUCUGGUGGUUGCCGGUGAUGAAGAAGGUUCUAUCACAAUAUGGGACCUGAGGCAGAACACUUUCCCAGUGAACUUAUUGAAGGCUCACAAUGAGAGUGUCACAGAAAUUAAAUUCCAUCCAGACUAUCCCGAUCAUUUGUUCAGUGCCUCGAUGGCAGGUGAAGUCUGGCAUUGGUCAAUCAAAUCUAAAUCUACAUCUACCUUGAUGAUGGCCCCAACGGAAAAGGAUGAUAGCAACGUAUGGUUUGCAUCAGACGGUUUUAAGAAUAAACUCGAAGUAUACAGUUUGAUGGAUCGAUUGCACAAACCAAUCAAUACUUUCGAUGUUAACCAACGGAAGAUGAUCUGUGGCUGCGAUAAUGAGGCUAUUUAUUUAAUAAAUGAUAUCAAACUGUACUGAAGCAUAUAAAGUUUUGAAAAACA